AUGGCCCCAAGAAACUCCAACCGCUCCAAAAGUGGCAGACUGAGACUAUUCUCCAAUCCUUCUAGAGAACAACAACCAAAAGAAGAUGUCACCAAAACGCGAUCAAAUACCAUCGAAGUGACUGAAUCGACAAAAUCAUCAUCAAUCAUCUCCAAGAUAUUGAAUCAGGUUGAUUUGACCUACGAUAUGAAUGUCGGUACUAUCAAUGGAGAUUUGGUGUAUUUGAACAGCUUGGGAAGUUUGAGUUUACAAACAUUGCUCAAUUUGAAAUCGUUGGCCAAAGCAUUAAAGAAGAACUUGAAGAACACCUCACUAGAAGAUCAUGAAUCAAGCCUAGAUGUGAAGAAGUUGCUAUUACUAAACCACGGUGUGAAUGGGUUUACCAAGGCUGAUUUGGAAUAUAUUGUAAGUUGUGGGAAACUGUCUAGUGAUUAUUCGAUCACCGAGAAGACCAAAAAUGAAAUCCUCAAUGCCAAUGGCCCAGAGAAAACCAUUGAUGAGGUUGAUGAAGACCUAUUACCAAAAGAUAAUGAAGAUCAACCGUUAAGUGCAAUGAAGAAUAAACAGGUUGUCGAAGAUGAAGAUGAUGAAACCCCUCCAAGGAAACGGUCAGUCAGUUUAUCUGCGUCUCCAGUGGUUGCUGUGAAAUCCGAGGAUCUGUCAUUGGAACCCCCUUCAAAGAAGCAGAAGAUUGAAGAAAACUCAGUUAUACCAGAGGAAAGAACAGAAUCAGCCACCGAGAAGGAAGUCAAAAUAGAAGAAGAUCAACAAAAUAUGGUAAUUCCUGAAAACUUGGAAGGUGAGAAACUACCAUCUAUCAUACCAACCCUGGCCCAUGAUUCCUCAUCUUUAUUGGAAGCCACGGAAAAUUUGCAUUUAUUUGUUCCUGAUAAACAAGCAGAGAAAUCAAGAGAUCCCGAAUAUUUGAAAAAAUUGUACGGGGUAAGCACGUUCCCGAACGAUUAUUUACAAGAUUAUCUAACCGGGCCAAUUCCUGAUAUUGAUUUCAAUCAGCAGAAAGAAAUCAAAAACAAGGUCAACUUCAACAAUUUCCUAAGUUAUUUGGAUCACUAUUAUAGACCUUUUGAUGAUGAUGACUUGAUUUUUCUUAAAAAAAAAUAUGUUUAUUCGUCGCAUUUGGAUUCUUUUUACGCUAAUCAAUUCAACACCAAUAAUAAUAACAACACCAAUAAUUCUAUUAAACAUGGCAGAUCUCCAUUAGUGGCAUCGACCACGAUAGAUUCUAAUGGACUACCAAUAACGGUCAAUGCUUUAGGAAAUGGUAACAACCAUAGUGCUGCCACUGCCGCCUCAUACAACCCAAAAAUCCACCCAUUCAUCAUCCCAAAGCUUGGAAAAUUGUACACCAAAGUAUGGGCUGAAGAAGAUGGGACUGCAAGAAUGGGAUCACCUUCCCCUCAAGAAACUAUAAAUGAAAACAUUAAAGAUCAAUUGGUUCCGAAAGGCUCAGGACUGGAAAUCACCGAUAAUGAUUUAGAGAAAGAUAAUAUUAGUUGUGGCCCAUUGGUUAACAGACUUCUAUCAGCAUUGAUCAAAUGUGAUGAUGAUAGUGAAAUCAUUGAUAAUGAUGGAGGAAGUACUACUGCUAAUAAUAAUAAUAAUAAUAAUAAUAAUAAUGAUGACAAUGAUGAAAAAGAGGCAGUGACCGGUAAAAUUGAAGAUGAUCAUGAGAUCAGCAAAAAUGAAAAUAGUAUAUUCUUCCCAGAAUAUUCUACUGGGAAAGCGGCUACCAAUUCUAAAUAUGAUUAUCUGACAUUAGAGGAGCGUUUGAAACGGGAGUUGAAGUACGUUGGGGUAUAUUUGAAUUACAAGAAUGAGAUGGUAAACAAGAAAAAAUCCGGGGAUGAUAAUAGUAAAUUGAACGAAGCAGAAGAUAUAAUGAAUGAAACGUUUGAAGAAACCUGGAUUUCCAACAAGCAAGAUGAUGAAAUCUCUAAAGAGCUCCGAGAAUUGCAGCGACAAUUGAAGAUUGUGAAUUUGAAAAAUAAUUUACGGAAAAAGGUGCUCUUUAAGAAAGUUUACGAAGAAAUUUCAUUCCGAGAAUUCUACAAUAUUCUUGAGAAUUUGAACAAGCAAAUCGAUCAAUAUUAUUUGAAAAAGCAGAAGAUCUUGGUGAGACAUCACAAAAAACAUAAAAAGACCUCGACGCCGAUGACAGGAACCAUAACAGCAACAGUAGCAGCAGCGCCUCACGAUCAUGAGGCGUCGGGAUCAUUAAGCCACCAGCAAGUAAUUGAUAAGACUUUGAACUCGCUUAUUGAAAAAAGGGGGAAAUGGGUGGAAAAAAUUGGGCCAUUGUUCAAUUACACUGCGAAUAUUCAGCUUCGUCCUUACCCAUCGGAAUCGGUUUUCAAUGAUAAAGUUGCCAAGAUUACCGAAGAGAACUUUGAUGAGUUUUACGAGAUUUACAGUGAAUUUCUUGGUAAUGAUCGUGAUGAAUUUGAUGAUGAUGAUGAUGAAGAAGCAGAGGAGUCCAGUAAUCAUCCCGAUGGGAUUUUAUUGGCAGAAGGGAUAAAGAUUGAACGGGAUGAAUUGAAAUUAGACGACUCAAAAGAGGCUGAGGUCAACAAAAGAUUCAAAGCUGUGAAAGUACAAGAGGCUCAUUAA